UCCCAAAAUUACUUCCUUUACUAUGAAUCUUUUGACUUCCUUCAUUCCUUUCUCUUUCCAUAUGUUCAUACAUCCAAUCACAUUAGAUGAAAAACAAUUUUUAUAAAGUUAGAUAUAUAUUUCAGAAUUCACUUUCUCAUUUAGAACUCACAACGUCUAAAUUCUAAUAUCGUCUGUUGUUUAUAUGUCGGAAAGACAUCUCGGACAAAGAAUUCCAAUGUGCGAGAGAGCUAUUAGUAGCAGUGUACAAAAACCGUCAUUGCCCACGCGACGAACAUCAAAGCAGCAUAGGAAUAAGAGAAAAACUAUAGAAAGAUGUAAAUCUGAGCCUUGUCUUUGGAGGGUUAAUGGAGUUGGUGAUAAUGAAGAAGAUCGUCGAGAUAUGACGACGUCGUUGGAGGUGCAGGGGUACAAUAAAGAUGCAAAAGUUGUGAUUAAUGUCACAGUUGAGGGCACUCCUGGACCAAUUCGAACCAUGGUUAAGUUAGGAUCCAGUGUGGACGAGACCAUAAGAUUUGUGCUAAGCAAAUAUAAAGAAGAAGGUCGCAAUCCUCAUCUUGAUGAAAUUGCGCCUUCAUCAUUCAAAUUAUACUCUUCUUACUUCAGUCUUGAGAGCUUGAGUAAUUCAGAUGUGAUUGGAGAUGUGGGGAGCAGAAGCUUUUAUCUUCGCAAGAAUAAUAGUAAAGGAAAUAAUUCAAGAAAUGCAGAAAUAGCAAUGGGGAUUACUUCAAUGGAGGCAAAUUCUAAUCCAAUUCUUGUUGUGAUCAAUAAAAUUAUUAGAACAAGCAAGCUUUGGAAGUUCCUUGGUUGCAUACAGUGUUUUGGAUAACCAGUUAAGUCGGAGGCGAAUAUAGUGCAGAUUCAACAGGUUCAACUGAAUUCACAAUGCACUUUAAUUUCAACUUGAAUAUCUAUACAUAUGCACAAAAAAAUGUAAAUAUAUCAAAAUUCACAUUUAUUAUGAUAGUUGAUCAUGUCAUACC